UGUUGUGUCUGCUCUCGCGCGGCGAAUGAGUGAAGAUGGCGGACUCGGUAGCGGCGGGGCUGGGAGAUGAAAAAGAGGCCGAAAAUGAAGAAAAGGAGAAGGAGAAACGAGCUUUUCGUGCCUCUGGCAAAGCGGAGACGGGCAGCGAAACGUCGGAGUUGACCGAGACUCUUGGCUUUUACGAGAGAAAGGCGAAAAGGCAGGACAGCAGGCGCAGUCUGUCGGAUCUCUCUCUGGUGCGGUUCGUCAGUGCUGAGUUGACCAGAGGAUAUUUUCUGGAACAUAACGAGGCCAAAUACACAGAAAGGAGAGAGAGGGUCUACACCUGCUUGCGCAUUCCCAAAGAACUGGAGAAGCUGAUGAUCUUUGGGUUCUUCCUGUGUCUGGAUGCGUUUCUCUACGUGUUCACUCUGUUGCCGCUCAGAGUGCUGCUGGCGCUGAUCAGGCUGCUCACACUGCCCUGCUGUGGACUCAGGGCUAAUAUAUGCCCCUACUGCAAAAAGAGAAGUGGCUCUCGUCUCUUGCAGCCUGCUCAGGUGUGUGACGUGCUGAAGGGGUUUAUCAUGGUGCUGUGUUACUCCAUGAUGCACUACGUGGACUACUCCAUGAUGUACCACCUGAUUAGGGGCCAGUCUGUCAUCAAGCUCUACAUCAUCUACAACAUGCUGGAGGUGGCGGAUCGAUUGUUUUCGUCCUUUGGACAGGACAUUCUGGACGCUCUGUAUUGGACAGCCACAGAGCCCAAAGAAAGAAAGAGAGCACACAUUGGUGUAAUACCUCACUUCUUCAUGGCUGUCCUCUAUGUCUUUCUUCAUGCCAUUCUAAUCAUGGUUCAGGCCACCACCCUGAAUGUGGCGUUUAACUCCCACAACAAAUCCCUGCUCACCAUCAUGAUGUCCAACAAUUUUGUUGAGAUCAAGGGGAGCGUGUUCAAGAAGUUUGAAAAGAAUAACCUCUUUCAGAUGUCCAACAGUGAUAUCAAAGAAAGAUUCACAAACUAUGUGCUCUUAUUAAUUGUCUGCCUCAGAAACAUGGAACAGUUCUCUUGGAACCCAGAUCAUCUGUGGGUGCUGUUUCCGGAUGUAUGUAUGGUGAUUGCUUCUGAGAUCGCCGUGGAUGUGGUAAAACAUGCCUUCAUCACCAAAUUUAAUGACAUCCCAGCAGAUGUGUACGGUGAAUACAGAGCGAGUUUGGCGUUUGAUCUGGUCAGCAGCAGACAGAAGAAUGCAUAUACUGACUACAGUGACAGCGUUUCAAGAAGAAUGGGCUUCAUCCCUCUUCCUCUUGCUCUACUGCUCAUCCGGGUGGUGACCAGUUCAGUGAAGAUCCAGGGUGCCCUUGCCGUUGUGUGUGUUGUGCUCUUUUAUCUGGGUAUGAUCACACUGAAGGUGCUGAACAGCAUCGUGUUGUUGGGAAAGUCAUGUGUGUAUGUGAAAGAAGCUAACAUGGAGGAAAAGCUCUUCCAGUCUCCCCCCUCUGCUGCGCCAAGCAGAGUAUCGAGUAGAGCUCACCGAACAAAACAAACACGUGAAUCAGCAGGUGAGCCUGUGGAUGAAGACGUAUCUGCGUCAAUCAUCACUCAACCCACCCACCAGCCUGAGCGUACUGCCUCUAGUCUCCCAACCAGCGAAUCAGAUCAGUUCCUUACGACACCUGAUGAAUCGGAAGAGAAGAUCAUUACACAGGAUGGAACAGAACUCAUACACAGAGCUCCUAAGAAAGACCUGCUGGAGAUCGAUCGUUUUACUAUCUGUGGGAACCGAAUUGAUUGACACAUAUACCUAUAUAUGAGUUCAGAAAGUGACGAAAGCUGGGAAGCUGGUUACGAACUGAAAGACCCUCCCUGUUUACCAGCUUGAUUUCUUUAUUGACUUUUGACCCUGGGGCUUGCAGGAUCAGGGUAGCAAAAAACAGUGGGAUAUUUAUUAAGAAGACCUAAUUUAUUGAAGUUUCAUACUGAAACACACUCGCACACACAUUACACAACCUUCCCUUCUAUACUCCUCCACUUAUGGAUCCUCGUUUGCUUGGACAAAAGGUUGCAUAGGCCUUGGACUUAGAUCUGGGGAGAUGAUUGCUUGGUUGCUUUGCCGUCCUGACGGGAAGAGAGAGAAAGAGUGAUGGAUCACUUCAUUCAGAAGACUAGGCAAAAGACUAGACAUUGUGUAUGGUGGUAUCAUGAAGAAUUCAAACAGGUCAGAAUCGACUAAUGCUAAGGUCAGUUUGAGGUGGUUGACUUGAACUGUGUGGCAUUUUUUUCAUGCUAAAUUUUCUUAAAGCUCAGUACUUUUCUUUUCCAAUCUUUAUUUCUGUUGUUGAGGGCACUGAGACACAUCUACAGUACUGUGCAAAAGUCUUAGGCCAUUUGAGAUGGUAUAUAUGAAACGUAAAGCUUUUUAUCUGAGCAGUUAGUUUGUUUGUAAAAAAAAAAACACUAA